AUGAAAUGGUUUUCUCCAUUUCUUCUUAAAUUUGUUGACAAGAUCCAGCUUUUCUUUUCAGCAUAUCUUGGACUGAUGUCCCUCACCACGAGAGAUCAAAAAGCACAUUCAGACUUACUAGGCACUGAUGUCAAAGCCAUAUGCAUACCCCAGCCCUGCAGCUGGUUUCUGCUUCAGAACAGACAAAAAAGAGCAACCAUUUUGUCUGAAAAGUUGGGUGUCCUUCGAUGGGCCUGGACAUCACCUUAUGAUUUGCAGUCAUUCAACAUAAAACUCAGUGUGGAAAGGCUUGUUCACGGCAGUUCUCCUACUCCCUGUCAAUCUAAUAAGUCUCUCAAAGGGGAUUUUAGAAAGUAA